CAGCGCAAGGAGGUUUGCCGCUGGCCGUGCCGCUGCCCGCCGGUGCCAGCCUGCACCCCUGGGGUCAGCCUGGUGAAGGACGGCUGUGGCUGCUGUAAGGUCUGUGCCAGGCAGGCAGGAGAGCCCUGCAAUGAAGCAGAUGUCUGUGAUCCCCACAAAGGGCUCUACUGUGACUACUCGGAAGACGAGCCUAGGUACGAAACAGGCGUGUGUGCAUAUCUGGUAGCUGUAGGAUGUGAGCUCAAUGGAGUUUAUUACACCAACGGGCAGACCUUUCAGCCCAACCGGCUUUAUAAGUGCCUGUGUGUCGGUGGUACAAUCGGAUGUACCCCUGCAUUCACACCAAGAUUAGCAGGAAGCCCCUGUGCCAGGGUUCCAGGCAGAAAGAAGCCAGGACAAACCAGCUGUGGCCUGGGACAGCACAAGCAACUUCAAUCAACCAACUACAGACUGAUGUCAGCUUACAGAAGCUUACCACUAGUUUUGAAGAAAAAGUGCCUCAUACAGGCAACUCCCUGGACACCCUGUUCCAGGACCUGUGGCAUAGGCAUAUCCAGCAGAGUGACCAACGACAACAGAAAAUGUGAAAUGAAGAAAGAAAAGAGAUUAUGCUUCAUCCAGCCUUGUUUGACCAAUAUGUUGAAGAAAAUAAAGAUUCCAAAGGGAAAAACAUGCCAACCAACUUUCCAGCUUCCAACAGCAGAGAAGAUAGUUUUUUCCGGGUGCUCAACUACUCAAAGAUAUAAACUGACUUUCUGUGGAGUGUGUUUGGACAAGAGGUGCUGCACUCCUAACAAGUCCAAAAUGAUCACUGUACAGUUUGAGUGUCCCAACGAAGGCUUCUUCAGGUGGAAGAUGAUGUGGAUAACAUCGUGUGUGUGCCAGAGGAUUUGCAGUGCUCCAGGAGAUAUGUUUUCCCAACUCAAACUCCUAUGACAAAUGACACCAUUGACUGUAACACAGGGAGUGCAACAGCACAUUCACACCCUGAAGAGUCAGCACAACUCCCUGCCACAGCAGUGUUUAUCAUGAAACUACAGAAGUGAAUAUUCACUCAUUAAUUAAAUAGCACCUGUAAAACGCCAGAGGGCAUCUUUUUAAAUGUAACUGUUUUUACAUGAGGAGGUACAUUCCUGAGGAUGUACCCGACACUAGCAGUACUCAAACAAGAACUCUGGGUGACUGUGAAAGGUACAGCAAGAGGGCUUCAUACCCCACUGUAACAAGCUUUUGCCUACAAAUACAAACAGAUGCUCCAACCUCUUGGGAAAAAAACUGCCCUGUUUUUCAUAUCUUCAUCUAUCGUUCUUCAUUCUUAAAUUAAUAUUUUCUGCUAUACAUCUGAAAUAGUAAAACACAUCAAUGCUGAAACAUUGAAACAGAAGUUGCCAACUUCA